AUGAAUUUCCCAGGAGGCUCAUCCGGUGCUGGCGCCCCUAUGCCAGGCCUAGGAUCGCAAGAUCCCGGCGUCAAAGCCGUGCAAACCGCCAUGGAAUCUUGCUUCGGCAAAUCCGUAAUGUCAGGAGUAAUGGGAUUCGGCAUGGGUGGCCUCUUCGGCAUGUUCAUGGCCUCUAUGUCCUACGACACCCCCUUCGGAACCCCCGUCACCAACAGCGCAGGCCAGAACAUCUCCUCGCUGCCUCUCCGCCAACAGCUCAAGCACGGCUUCAAAGACAUGGGCACCCGUUCAUUCUCGAUGGCCAAGAAUUUUGGCAAAGUCGGCGCUCUCUUUUCCGGAAUCGAAUGCGGCAUCGAGGGGCUGCGCGCAAAGAACGACCUCGCGAAUGGCGUUGCCGCCGGUUGCUUGACGGGCGGGAUUCUGGCAAAGAAUGCUGGUCCGCAGGCUAUGGCUGGUGGGUGCGUUGCGUUCGCGGCGUUUAGUGCGGCCAUCGAUGCCUGGAUGAGACAGCCAAAGGAGGAGUAG